AUGCCCAUCCCCUCGUCUGACUUGGGCGCGCAACCCCCCAGUCUCCCGCAUCGCCAACACAGGCCCAACCUCAAAGCCAACUUGCAACGGGAGCCCUGCGCCAGCCGUUUCACCUCCCUCUUGAGUCUGGCAGCGCUGGCUCUGGGCUGGCCUUGCCUGAGUCCUGACGCUGGGGCGGGUGCGUGCUUCGGGGAACCAGGCCCCGUCCCGCAAAACAGAGCCGGCGGGUACUUGGCAUGGCCUCCAGCAAGUCCAGUCCCGAGCCGACGGCAGCAGCACUGGGACCAACAGAGGGAAGUCCUCUUCCGCUACCGUCUGCCGCCAGUCGCCGUCGACGCAGCCUGCCGCCGUGUGCUAAUCAGUCCAAGAUGGGGGUGCGAGGCCCAUCACAGGUCGGCGGGACGGUCGAAGCGCAGCACAUGUGCUGCCAUACCCGGGACAUUUGCGGACGCUUUGUCUGCUCGCAUCUCACCCGCAGCUGGUCCCGAACAUGUGAUUAGCCAUCCGAACAAAACAAGAAAAAAUGCCUGCAAACGCGUGCUCCACGUCGAAACAAUCAGGGGCCGUGCUCAAUAUCUUGCAUUUACCACUUCUGGCUUUCGACGUUGA